AUGUUAGAUAACUCAAUUUGGAAAAAUAUUGGAGAAAAGAAAUUUUGUUCUUUUAAGAAAAAAACAGAUACGGAAUUUUUAUGUAAAAAUAAAAAUAAUUUAACUGGUCUUUGUAAUGCAUUUUCAUGUCCAUUGGCUAAUACUAAAUAUGCUACUGUACGGGCUAUUAAUGAAGAGUUGUAUCUUUUUAUUAAGGAACCCGAGAGAAUAAAUACACCAAAUGAACAAUACGAAAAAAUUAAGCUUAGCAAACACUAUGAGGAAGCUCUUAAACAAAUUGAUAAAGAAUUAGAGCAUUGGGAUAAACAGAUUAUACAUAAGUGUAAGCAGAAACACACAAAAUUAGUAGAAUACACAGAGAGACUAGAAUAUUUUAAAGAACAUGGUCGUACAGAAUACAUGAAAAGAACAAAGAGAAAGGUCACAAGAGCUGAAAAAUUAGCAGCAUUGGCAAAUUUGGAAGAUUUGGAUUUUGAAAAGCAUAUUGGUGAAGAAUUACUACUUAGACUUGAAAGUGGUGUGUAUGGCGAAGAACUUAAAGAUAAAUAUCAUGCAGCACAUGAAAAGUUUAUAGAAGACAAACAAAAUGCAAACAAAAAAAAAAUUUAUGUCGCACAUUAUGAAAAUGAUGAGGAAGAUGAAGCUCGAAUUGAGGAGGAUGUUGCUGAACCAGAGGUCAAAAAUAAAAAAAAGUCAAAAAAAGAAAAACUUACAUGGUAG